AUGGGUUUAUUGCUUUCUCUCAUCAUUUUCAUGGCCUUCGCUUUCUCUCUUCAAUCUUCUCCUUUUAUUCAACCCCUGUGCCAUCAUGAUGAGAGCUCUGCCUUGUUGAAAUUCAAGCACAGCUUUAUCAUCCAUGAAUCUGCAUCUUAUGAUCCUUUUCGUCAUAGUAGCAUGAUACAUCAGUCUGCUUCUUGUCAAAAGGUUGCGUCGUGGACAGUAGAAGCAAACAAAAGUGAUUGCUGCUCAUGGGAUGGGGUGGAGUGCAACAAGGACACGGGUCAUGUAAUUGGGCUCGACCUCAGUAGUAGCUGUCUAUUUGGUUCUAUUAACUCCACCAGCAGCCUUUUCCGUCUUGUUCACCUCCAAAGCCUUAACCUUGCCUUCAAUCACUUUAACUACUCUCAUAUCCCACACCAAAUACGUGAUCUUUCAAGACUAACACAUCUCAAUCUCUCUUGGUCUAAAUUUUCUGGUCAAAUUCCAUUAGAAGUUUCACAAUUGUCGCACUUGUCAUCCCUCGAUUUAUCUCAAGACUAUCAUGAUAUCCCCCUUCUUUGGUAUCCCCAUUUGGAACUCAAAAAGCCCACCCUAAGAAACCUAGUUGGAAAUUUGACCCGCCUACAAAAGCUUGAUUUGAGUGGGGUGAUUAUUAGUUCUAUGGUGCCUAAUAUUUUGGCAAACUUGUCUUUGUUAACAUUCCUCUCUCUUGGUGGAUGUGAUUUGCACGGGGAAUUUCCAAUAGGCAUCUUUAAGCUAUCAAAUUUGCGAGUUCUUUCUGUACCUGUCAAUGAAGGCCUCACCGGUUAUUUGCCUGACUUUACAUGGAGUAGUCCACUUGAGGAAUUGGAUUUUGCAGACACGAGUUUCUCAGGUGAGUUACCCGCUUCCAUGGGAAACCUUGGCUUACUCACAGAGUUGCUAUUGUUUGAUUGCAAUUUCUCGGGGUCCAUUCCAUCUUCACUUGGUAACCUUACUAAACUCACUGAACUUGCCCUUCGAAACAACUCUUUUGGGGGUAACGUCCCGUCUUCAUUUGGUAACCUCUCUAAACUCAAUGAUCUUGAUCUUUCAAAUAACGAUUUCGUGGGUAACAUCCCGCCUUCACUUGAAAACCUUGUUCAACUCUCUUUUUUAGACUUUUCCGACAAUAAAUUGAUGGGUCCAAUUCCUACUAAGCUUGUAAACUUGCCACAAUUGAGUGGCAUUUAUCUAAGCAAUAAUCUUUUGAGUGGUGAAUUGAAUUUACGGCUUAUAAAUGAGACACAAUUGGAAGCCAUUAAUUUGAGCAACAAUCAGUUAACUGGCCCAGUUACAUUGGGGCCUAUGAACCUCACACAAUUAUUUUUCUUGGACCUUUCAGCCAACAAGCUUCAUGGUCAAAUUUCAAAAUUAGACUUCAACUUCGAGAAUCUUCAAGUUCUUUAUCUUUCUGAGAACUACCUUAACGGCAUUGUGGAGUUUGACAAGUUUGUUAAACUCAAAGAUUUAAUUGCAUUGGAUAUUUCUGGUAAUCAAUUAUCUUUACUUACUAAAGAAACCAGUGCCAAUGCAACUCAUCAAAAGUUUCAAGUUUUAGGAUUUUCUUCGUGCAACUUGAGCAAAUUUCCAAGUUUUCUUAAAGACCAAGAUGAAUUGCUGUUUUUAAACCUCUCCAACAACAAGAUUCAUGGCCAAGUCCCAGAAUGGAUGUGGAACAAAAGCAUUGCGAGUCUACAAGUUCUUGAUCUUGAGUCAAACUUGCUCCAAGGAUCACUUCCUAUUCCACCAGUCUCCACUUCGCAUUUCUAUAUUUCAAAUAAUUCAUUGAUUGGAAAUGUUCCAAAAUUGUUUUGCAAUUUGAAUCUUCUUCAAUUCCUUGAUUUGGCAAAUAACAACUUAAGUGGUUCACUUCCGCACUGCUUAGACAACUUUGGUGCUUCUCUAUUAGUACUCGAUUUGCGAAGAAACAAAUUUCAAGGAAGCAUUCCAGAGACUUGGAUAGGAGGAGGCCAAUUGAGGAUAAUAAAUUUCAGCCAAAACAAAUUUCAAGGGCAUUUACCGAGAUUGCUGGCCAAGUGUACAUGGUUGAGGGUCCUUGAUCUUAGUGAUAACCAAUUCACUGAUAUAUUUCCAUUUUGGUUGGGACAUCUUCCAAAUUUAGAAGUCCUUAUUUUACGGUCAAACAAAUUCAAUGGUUCAAUGGGGACACCUCAAACCUAUUUUAAGUUUCCCAACUUGCGGAUCCUUGACAUCUCCCACAAUGAUUUUAUGGGAAAGCUACCAUUGAGACUUCUUGAAAAUUGGAAGGUCAAAAAUUUUGAGAAUGUGCAUCUUUACUCUAUGAUGAUGACAAACAAAGGCAAUAAUUUGUUCUACGAGAAGGUCCAAGAAUUGCUCAUAGCCAUUGAUUUCUCAAGCAAUAAAUUUGUUGGAGAGAUACCUGAAUCUAUUGGAAAUUUAAAGGGAGCUCAAUUGCUCAAUCUUUCUAAUAAUGCUCUUAUUGGUCGCAUCCCAUCAUCUUUAAGGAAUCUUACAGAGUUAGAAACAUUGGACCUUUCUCAAAACAAGUUGUCAGGGGAGAUUCCACAACAACUAGCACAACUUACUUUCUUAGAAGUCUUCAGUGUUUCUCAUAAUAAUCUCACGGGACCUAUACCACAAGGGAGACAAUUCAAUACAUUUGAAAACAAAUCAUUUCAAGGGAAUACAGGAUUGUGUGGAAGACCAUUGACAAGGAAAUGUGAGAAUUCUAAUGAGCCGUCUUCUCACCCUUCAAUCUCUCAAGAAAGUCAAGACUUUGGAUCACCAUUUGAAUUUGGUUGGAAAAUAAUUGUGAUUGGAUAUGGAUUUGGAUUUGUUGUUGGAGUAAUAAUUGGGCCGAUAGUGAUUGCAAGGAAACAUGAUUGGUUACCCACUCCUACUUUAGAUCACAAGUCGUCCUAUUUCAAGCUCUAUCCUAGAGAACCUGAUUAUGAAAAACUUAGGGUUUUUGGUUGUCUCUACUAUCCACUUCUUCGACCUUAUGGUUUGCACAAGUUAAAGUAUAGGUUCGAACCAUGCACUUUCCUAGGAUACAACUAUGCUGGCUAUAAGUGUUUGGAUCCUGUUACUAACAAAGCUUAUUUGUCUAGACAUAUCAUAUUUGAUGAAGAUUCUUUCCCUGCCAAGGAUCAAGCUACUACACACCUUCCAUCCAAGAUAAAUGCUCAAGGUGAAGCUCCUUUCUCUCUCUCUGUUCCUUUUUCAUUACCUAGCGCAUUGCCUGUUAGUACUAAUCCUAAUGCAGCUACCUUCCCUUCUGAGCCUGUUUCACCCCCCUAG